GUCAUCAAGCAGUCCAACGUGCAGAUCCUCGUGCCCCCCGCGCGCCCCGACAUUAUGCUCUUCCGUCCGGGGGCUGCUGACCUCGGCUUCCCUCUUGACAUGACCAACGGUGCCACUUUGGCACCCAAUGGCAACGGCAUUGCCGGCAUGCCCGAAGACGAGGCCGCGCGGGCCGCGCUCACUGCUGCCCAGUCCUCCCUGCCUGUUCUGCAGGGGGUGGACCGCCUGCCCAUGGUGGCAGGACCUCUGUCCCCACCGCUGCUGGCCUCGCCCUUCCAGAACGUUGCUGCCAGUGCCCCCACUUUAAGCACCAAGAGGGGCAGAGGGCGUCCCCGUAAAGCCAAUCUGUUGGACUCCAUGAUGUUCGGUACCCCGGGGGGCCUGCGAGAGGCUGGUAUCCUGCCUUGCGGCCUCUGUGGGAAAGUAUUUACAGAUGCUAAUCGUCUUCGGCAGCAUGAGGCUCAACACGGGGUGACAAGCUUACAGCUGGGCUACAUAGACAUUCCGACCCCAAGACUGGGUGAAAACGGUGUCCCUGGUCAGGAUGACCCUGAUGCACCCCGAAAAAGAAGCAGGACGAGGAAACAGGUGGCCUGUGAGAUCUGUGGCAAGAUUUUUCGGGACGUGUACCAUCUAAAUCGGCACAAGCUGUCACACUCCGGCGAGAAGCCGUAUUCUUGUCCGGUGUGUGGCUUACGGUUCAAGCGGAAAGACAGGAUGUCCUAUCAUGUGCGAUCUCACGAUGGCUCUGUGGGAAAGCCCUACAUCUGCCAGAGCUGUGGAAAAGGCUUCUCCAGGCCAGACCACUUGAAUGGACACAUCAAACAGGUGCAUACCUCAGAGAGACCUCACAAGUGUCAGGAAAAUGGCAGCCACCAUGGAAUAAGCUCAGAGACAUCCACAUCCAUAGAAAAGUUGAACCUUCAAGAGACUUGUAAUGCUUCCUUUGCCACUCGUGACCGACUGCGCUCACACCUAGCAUGUCAUGAAGACAAAGUUCCCUGCCAGGUGUGUGGGAAGUACUUGCGAGCAGCGUAUAUGGCAGAUCAUUUGAAGAAACACAGUGAAGGACCAAGCAAUUUCUGCACUAUCUGUAACCGAGGUUUCUCCUCUGCCUCCUACUUAAAGGUCCAUGUUAAAACCCACCACGGUGUUCCCCUUCCCCAGGUCUCCAGGCACCAGGAGUCCAUCCCGAAUGGGGGAGCAGCGUUCCACUGCGUCAGGACCUAUGGCAUCAAAGGCCAGAAAUGUUCACAUUCGGACCCGAUUGAGAGUUCUGAUUCGUACGGAGACCUCUCUGACACCAGUGACCUCAAGACUCCUGAGAAACAGAGCACCAACGGGUCCUUCUCGUGUGAGAUGGCGGUCAGCAAAAACAAAAUGGAGACAGAAGGAGAGAAGAAGUACCCUUGCCCUGAAUGUGGCAGCUUUUUCAGAUCCAAGUCAUAUCUGAACAAACACAUACAGAAAGUUCACGUCAGGGCCCUUAGUGGCCCACUGGGGGACCUCGGUCCUGCCCUAGGAUCCCCCUUUUCACCCCAACAGAACAUGUCUCUCCUGGAGUCGUUUGGGUUUCAGAUCGUCCAGUCAGCAUUUGCAUCAUCCCUAGUGGAUCCAGAGGUCGACCAGCAACCAAUGGGGCCAGAGGGGAAGUGAGAUCAGUUGGAUCUCAACAAAGCAAAGCAGCAGUCUGGCUCCAAUGAUAAGAUGCUGUGAAUGAAAGAGGAAAUAAUGAAAUUUGGUUCUAUAGCUGAGAAUUUCUUACUCAUUUUAGCUUCCCUCUUUGUCUCAUGCCCUACCCCACCUUUGAACCUUCACUGGAGAGAGGGAGAAAAUGCUUCUUAGCUGGUACAU